AUGCCGACAAUACCACCGCAAACCCCAGGGAAGGGUCAAGUGCGGAUUGAACACUCCAGAGCGUCCAAUCUUUCUAACGACGAUUCGGGAUCGGGAGCAGAAGGUCCAGUCCGCCGGCGUCUACAAAAGUCUGCCUCGACCAACUUCCCCCCGAAUACUAAUACCAAUUAUGAAUCACUCUCGAAUGGGGUGGCCGGACCGCGCGCAGGUGGGAUGAAUAGGAGAAGACUUUCAAUUCGGGAUCAAAGGGUGCCCCAAGGCCCGCGACCGCAAGAGACGUCGCGAUGGAACAAACCCGGCCCGUACCUCCAUUCUGGGAAUUCAUCCAUUGAUUCUAUAAUCGACUCAUCGAAAAGCUUCAACCUCCGGUCUACGAGCAUGGGAAACUUGGCUAAAGCCGAUUCUAAUCAGUCAUCAGAGAACGUGGACUUUCUCGCGCCGAUCAAUUUUGACGACUUUCAUAAUAGCAUCAUGGCGGAACCCAGCUUGAACCACUUCCCUAUGCCUGGGAAUGGCGGCGAGAAUCGCGAGACCGGCUUGAACAACCCUUGGGAAAAACACACUAAUGAUAAAAAUGCGUCGGAACGUACGCGGGGUCCUCCUUCUGCUCGCCGAAAAAGUGAGGUGCAACGACCUAAUGGCCAACCUCCUAACGCAGGGCUUACGGCGUCAACUGCCAACACCCGUGCGCGUCGCCAGAGUCUCGCCCAGCCAUCUGCUGGAAAUACUGCUUCAAGAGGUUCACGCAAGUCUGUUAGCUCUGGAGCAUUUGCGCCUACGAAUGCUUCGGCUCGACGCGCCAGUCUGAGUGUUCGUAAAUUCAGCACCGACACCACACAGCCAGCCAACAAUUCCCUCCGUCCCAGGACUCAGGAUUCGGAUGUGAAGGUUCCGUCCGCUAUUCGAAAUCUCAAGGCGAAAUCGUUCCAGCCCAGCCCACGAGAUCCUCCAGGUCCAUUCUUGACUGCAGCGGGUGCUGUUGACCAUACGCGAUCAUCCUCCACUAAUGCUGUGCGAACCCCAGUGAAGAACCCUGCGGGUGCGGUUGCAACUCCCUCCUCUUCCUCGAAGCGGGCUUCUGUUAUGCCACAUCAUGCGACUGGAUUAGCGAAUGUCAAUUGCGCCCCCCGCGCCUCCGAUGCCACACACCCCCCAACCCAGACAGAACCACUCCCCAUCCGUCCUCUGUCCUCAACGCAAUCUCCCUCUCAAAUUCCGAGGAAAAGUGUCACACCCUCCUCAAAUCGAACCACGCCUGACCCGAAUCGCAAGUCGUACAGUUCAGGCUUAUCUGUUUCAUCGAGUACCAGCUACAAUUCGGCACGUAAUUCUGGAAGCUCUCUGCAAAACCGUCUUUCUCAUAACUUUUCUUCGUCACGUCUUCCAACGCCCAAACCGCGCACAGAGCAAACGAACUCUAACGGAGAAGAGGUGCCGCCGGUCCCAGCGAUUCCCAAAGCUUACGAGUCGCCCAAGGGUGAAUUAGAUGCGCCUGUUUUCCCUGCGCCCAGAAAAUCGAGCAUUCCUGUGGACAUCGGCCUAUUAAAUAUAAAAGAGUCCAGCUCCGACGCGCAUACACCCACCUCCGGUACUGUCAACAGUCAUGACCCUACAGAGUCCAUUAAUACACCCGAGGCACGAACGCGAACUUCCACUGUACUCGGUGGGCGAAAGGGUCUGCAGCCUUUGAAACUGCCCCCAUUGAACUUGCUGCCUUUAGGCACUCCCAUGGCGGCCAAGAUCGAUGCCCUCAAGGACAGAGACCAGGAUCGCAACACUCACACCCCCUCCAACCAAGUCCUUUCAAAGACUCCCAGUACUCCUAUGACAGCAUCCAAAGCAAACUUCUGGUACCGCGAUGAUGAUGACGAGAAAGUUCCCCUUACCCAAGCUCGAAGCAGCACUUCUCAUUUUGCCGUCAGUACAUCAACGGCCGCAUUGCGGACUUCGAGCAGUACGAGUGCAUUUGAGUCUUUCGAGACGCCAAACUCGACUCGCAACAUUUCUCCUUAUGCCUCAUACACGCUGCCCAAGAAUGGUGCCGAGUUGAAUCAUCUCCGCCACCAGGUCAGCGCUGACUAUUCCAACCGAACACAGGCGCACAAGUUGAAUGGACCUCGGCCACAAACACAAAGUGCCAUUUUUACACCGGCCCCAGAACGUCUUAGUCAAAUCUCGACACCGUCAGAGCCUGAGAGUGUUACCACAUCAGGGUCUUCACUUCGUGACCGGCUCAAGGUGGCACGGCUGCGCAGUAACUCGAAGACACAAAAGGCUGAAACUGAUACUGACCCAGCCAAAUACAACAACAUGCCACCGCCUAAACUCCCAGCGUCAGCCACAUGGAAUAAUCUAUCUUCGGUCAACUCCACCAGCCCCAGUCUCAAGCCGUCUUAUCUCAACCCUCGCCGGCAAUCGUCUGUCUCAAGCGCAACGAAUCCGACAGCUCGCAAGCCAAGUGUCAGUAGCGAGAGAAGUCUGACGUUGGAGCAAACUCGAUCUAAUGAUUCGGGUGAGAGUGACCGUUCUAAGCGUGCACACAGCUCGUACAUCUCUCCUGUUCAGAAGAUGAUCAAUAAUGCUAGAUCUAGCACCGCGGCUGGGGCUACUCCGCGGUCCGCCGAUAACACUGUUGAUCAAGAUGUCGUUAUUGCAGACGAAGAGAUGAAACGACUUGGGUCUAAACGGAAAGACUUCCAGAAGGCAGCCAGCGUACUAGAUGACUUGCGCCGCAAGGCUGGACCCAAGGACCGUGUCAGUCCCGCCCAGGCCCUGAAGAUGGCAACUCUGAAUAUCUUUGAACGUGGCGAGAUUAUCGAUUAUCGUGACAUUUUCUUCUGCGGUACGCAAACUGCUAAGAAACAUGUUGGCGAUCUCCACUCUGGUGCGGCGAACUUCGGAUACGAUGAUGACCGUGGUGAUUACAACAUUGUCAUGGGUGAUCAUCUGGCCUACCGAUAUGAAGUUGUUGAUGUUUUGGGCAAGGGCAGUUUCGGACAGGUCGUUAGAUGCGUCGAUCACAAAACGGGCGCUUUGGUUGCUAUCAAAAUCAUUCGCAACAAAAAAAGAUUCCACCAACAAGCUUUGAUUGAAGUCAAUCUUCUCCAAAAGCUGAAGGAAUGGGAUCCCCACGGAAAGCACAGCGUGGUCAAUUUCACCCAGAGUUUCUACUUCCGAGGCCAUCUUUGUAUUUCGACCGAGCUGCUUGGCAUGAACCUUUAUGAGUUCAUUAAGGCUCAUGAGUUCCGAGGCUUCUCAUUAAAGCUGAUUCGUGUUUUCACAAAGCAGAUGCUGAGCAGUUUGGUGUUGCUUCAUGCAAAGAAAGUCAUUCACUGCGACUUGAAGCCUGAAAAUAUUCUUCUUGUUCAUCCAUUGAACUCUGAAAUCCGUGUCAUCGACUUCGGUUCAAGUUGCUUUGAGAAUGAAAAGGUAUACACCUACAUCCAGAGUCGCUUCUACCGCUCGCCGGAGGUCAUUCUCGGAAUGUCAUAUGGGAUGCCGAUCGACAUGUGGAGUUUAGGAUGCAUUCUGGCUGAGCUGUUUACUGGAUACCCCAUCUUCCCUGGUGAAAAUGAGCAAGAACAGCUUGCCUGCAUCAUGGAAGUAUUCGGUCCUCCGGAAAAGCACCUGAUCGAGAAAAGCUCACGCAAGAAGUUAUUCUUCGAUUCCCUUGGCAAACCACGCUUGACUGUUUCGUCCAAGGGUCGCCGUCGCCGCCCAAGCUCCAAAGAACUCCGACAAGCUUUGAAGUGUGACGAUGAAGCUUUCUUGGAUUUCAUCUCUCGCUGCCUUCGCUGGGAUCCAGCUCGUCGAAUUUCGCCUCACGAUGCGUUGAAACACGAGUUCCUUACUGGCAUCAAGGCCCCUCGGCCCAGGAUAUACUCAUCUAAUUCGCCAUCCAAGCGCGGUGCCACGUCUACAUCUCGUCCUCUUCCGGAUCCUCCGGGCACAACGCUCAAGAGCGGGUUCUCCCGCACUCGCGAUGUCUCUGGCACUUCCCCCGUCAAAGGUGGGAAGCGCCACUCGACCGUCAAUGGUCCCCCGUCCAGCCCCGGCAAGCGAGGGUCAAGCAAUAUCACCGCCCACGGGUCCGCACUUCCUCGCGUUUCCGCUCGGAGCAUCAGCGGAAAGCCAGACCUCGCAACUGCGGCGGCUGCGACAAGCCUGGUGAGUUAG